AUGGGACUUUACGACUCCUGGGACCAUUCCAAACGAGGCAGCAUAUGGACUUCUUCCAAUCAUUCAUCCCUUGCACCGUCUGGCCUCGAGCUAGGUCCGGGACAUGAGGACAACACCAUUAUGCAAGAAAUCUCAGAGGUCGAGGCCUUUCAUCGAUCGACGGGAUGGAACGGACGGGAUGUGAAAGCAAAGGACAGCGACAACCAUGAAAAAGAGGAUCCUUCAUCUUAUGAUUCUGAGAGUCCACCGCCCAAGCAGGGGAUCAAAAGAGCCCAAACGAGACAAGCUCUCAAGCUUUCUGGCUGGAGAUUGGCGCUCACCCUACCAAGGUAUGUUGAUGAUGCACGUUGCAGGUCGCAUGAUAGCGGUGUAUGCAAGGCGCCGCUGACGAUCACUCUGGCGGUACAGUGUUUUGAUUGCAUUGCUAUUGGCGACAAUGGACUCCUCCAUCGUGUCGACAGCUCUGGUCACGAUUGGAAACGAUUUUGACGAUUUCGCGCAAACGAUAUGGAUAGUACUGGGGUAUCUGUUAUCGUACAUGAGUAAGUGUAUCGAACACAGAAUGCGGUCGCCGGAGGAGCUUGGUUUGGAGGAAUGGAGCUUGCUGACACCAGUCUUCUUAGCUUUCACGAUGCUGUGGUCUCGAUUCAGCGACAUUUUCGGCCGCAAACCCAUCUUCAUUAUCUCUCUACUCGCCCUCCUUGGAUUCUCCGCCGGCUGCGGUCGCGCACAAACCCUGAAUGAGCUGAUUGUGUUCCGUGUACUACAAGGACUGGGCGGAUCUGGAAUUUACAGCUUGGGAAACAUUGUGUUGCCAGAAAUCACACCCGAUAAAUGGUAUGCGCACAUGGUGACGGCCCAGGGAGGCAUUUUCACCAUCUCGAAUGUUCUGGGUCCUGUACUCGGAGGAGUCAUCUCCGCCCAGACGACCUGGAGAUGGUUGUUCUACCUCAAUCUUCCCGGAUGCGGAAUUCUCCUCCCGAUCUUACUGAUCGCAUGGAAAGAUACCAAGCUGGACGAGACGUUGAAGACACGCUUGCAUAAGGCGCUCAACUUUGACUUUCUGGGACUGGUACUCCUGACAGCGGCGACCUGCUGUGCUGUAGUCGGCAUCCAGCUUGGAGGAUCCUACUACGCUCCUUGGACUUCUGCGACUGUGGUGGGAACGCUUGUGGGUGCUCUGACUGCAUUCCUCGUGCUUCUCGGAUGGAAUCAUCACCGAGAUGUGACUUUCCGCAAGACAGAAAAGGGUCCGUUGCCUCUAUUCCCAAGAAGACUCAUGACACUUCGUCUUGUGAGUGCAUCGUUCAUGUGAGAUGUCCCAAGAAAGAUACACCGCAGAAUUGAAGGGCUAAUUGGAUUCGCAGGAUGUGCACACUGUGCGGAUUCAAUCUCUUCUUGGCCAUUGUCACGCUGCCUCAACGCUACCAGGUCCUGAACGGCGACUCUUCUCUGCUGGCUGGUAUCCGCCUCCUCCCGUUCCUUGCCACCAGUGCCAUAGGAUCGACCCUCUUUGGAAUUAUCAGUGCUAGAAGAAACUGGACCUUUGCUUUAUCUAUGGUUGCGAGCAGUUUCCUGCUGCUCGGCUCCGGCCUGCUUUCUAUCAAACCCACUCCUGGCAAGAUCGGCGUUGAGACAUAUUUCUUCCAAAUCUUCUAUGGUCUCGGCACGGGAGGUCUUCUGUCAAGCACGGCGUACAUCUCGGGUUUGAAUUCCAACUAUGAAGACUACGGUAUGUUGACCCCGUGCCCUCUACAUUCUGCAUUGACUGACGACGAAACUUCCCAGCGCUCUCAUCCGGGAUCAUCAGCCAGUGUCGUAUCCUUGGAGGCUGCAUUGGUCUCACAUUGACGACGGUCGUACUCAACGAGACUUUCAGCAAAUAUCUGGCCGGCGUGCUACAGCCGAACGAGCUACAGGAGUUGCGACAAUCAUUGGAUCACAGCGCUCAGCUCUCACCCGAAAAGCAAGCCGCGGUCGCAAACGCGUAUGCUGAUGCAUUCGUGGAGCAGUUCCGGAUGGCAACCUACUGUGCGGCAAUCGUCUUGCUCGUGAGUUUUCUUACCUUCACCAGACGACCUAUCGCUCUGAAGCGUAGAUUGGAGGUCGCGAAGAUGAUCUCAGACGGCUCUGUGACUUGCCAGGAAGCCGAUAGGAUUGUAAGGGAGAGGUGAUGACUUCGAUGAUGAUGACUUGACGGCAUUGUAUAUUAGCUUUGGGGUCUGGGUGAUCAGAUUGCAGGCGAUAGACUGUCUACUAUAUGAUACUUCAGCGUAGUGACUAAACGAUGGAAGUCUUUCUCCAAAACUAUUUCUGCAUUAAUUUUCAUCUUGAGGCUGUUUCAAGCAGAGUACCAAGCUCUGACCGGAGGCUCGAAGGUGGAGCUGUCCUCCUGACUGACACCAACACCUACAUCUCCCGGCUUCCACACCCCGUCCUCGCUGGCUACCAUCCCGGGGGCAUUAUCAAUACGAGUCCAUUCCAAAUCGAGACCUGCUUCAACCGGUCUUCUUCGCAUCUUCGAUACGCGCAGACGUGACCGAAGACCGCAUUGCCCAGAUACUGCACGGAUCUGCGGCCGUGCAGAUUACUUCACAGCAAAGCGGUCAAGAAAAUUCCUCCAUUAGGAUUAGAGCGGCUUCACAUGGGCAUGACGUCUGCUCCCAGAUCAAAUGUCAUACAAUGCAUCCCUCUUCUAUCUCUGCGGCGAGGCGUUUGAAUAUCAAGAUUCCAAGCACUUCAUAGUUCUUUGUGUUGAUUUCCAUCAUAUCAGAACUUGUUCCUAACAUCACCAAUUUCCAAUCCGACCAGCAAUAUGGCAUCUGAAAGCGUUCGAAUUCUUUGCCUUCAUGGGUGCGAAGGGACUGCUCUUCCGACAAGAAUACGAUUACUGACAACGCUGCUAGCAUGGGAGAAAACUCUCAAGUCAACGAGACCCUCACAGCCAAGCUCCGCUUCGAGCUUCCCAAGCACUGGGAAUACGUCUUCGUCGACGCUUCCACAACCUGCAUUCCAGCACCCGGCAUCCAAGAGCUCUUCGGCGAAGGACCUUUCUACUGCCACGGUCAGACUUUCGACGUAGAAUGCGUCGGUGAGAACGUCGAAUACAUCAAGGAAGUCAUCGAAGAUGAAGGUACAUGCCUCUUUUUACACCCGCACGCACGGGCAAGAGAGCUUUGGCUAAGAGCUGCAUCAAAGGUCCCUUCGACGGCGUCUUUGCCUUCAGCCAGGGUGCAGCGCUCAUCGGGUCUCUGAUCCUCCACCACUCGCUCGAAAACAUCUCCGAGCCCGAGCCCUUUCGCUUUGGCGUCUUCUUCAGCGGAACCCUCCCUUUCUCCAAAGAAAUCGGCACAGGCCGUGACGAAACGAAAGGGUUCGGAAUGUGUACUGCCGAUAUCGCUCUCGAAAGCGCUGGCCUCGACCCUCAAGCUUUCAAUGAGAUCAAAGAAGACAUGGAGGAACCUUCUGGACCUUGCUGGCAGUUUAUUCCACAGGAGACGAGUUUGCGAAUCGAGAUUCCGACGGUGCAUUGUUUUGAUCCGACUGAUGUGGAUUACAUGCGGGUACAGCAUCAGCAGCUUGCGAAGCUGUGUCGGAAUGCGACCGCGAUUCAUCAUGGGGAUGGACAUACGUUGCCGAGGAAUAAGAAGAGUAUCAAGGAGAUUGCGCCGGUGAUUAAUGACAUGGUGGACAAGUGUGGAUUGCUCCAGUAG